CCGAAGGCCUCGCGCAUCUUCUCAUCGACAAAGGAAGCCGUGGAGGGCACGGCAGGGCCAGCAGAGGGGGAGACGGCAUCCGAUUCAUCAUCAUCAUCAUUGCUAACGGCCGGGUCCGCGGGAUACGCAAAAUUCGUGCACGUGCCGCGCUUGCAAUUGACACAGUUAGUGCAGAGGCGCUUGUGCUUCCGGCAGUCACACUUCCGGCUGCAUGUGGACAGCGCAGACGUCCCUUUCGCGUUGCAUGCGCAACAGGGGGGCCCGCCGCCGUCUCGCGAAUCCAAUUGAUUCGGCCGUUCCCAGCCGCGUCGAGAUGUGGUCUUCCUUGUUCUUUCCAGAGGUCAACAGUACGUCACAGAUGCUCAUUCAAAUCACAAUUUUCUCCCGUCGAUUGCUUUCAGGUGCUUGGGAGGACACCGGUGCUUGGACCUCGGCCAAAGUGCCAGCAGUGCGGCGUGAGAGAUUGCUGCGUGAAGUGGGAUGGAACAUUCGAGCGAUACUGCGGUGAGCAUCAAGACAGAACCAUGCUGCCUGAUCUCAUGUACUCGCCUUCGCUUCCCGUCUUUGAUCAGGUUUGUCUUGUCAGCGCAUCGCCGAGGGGGAGAGUCAGGCAAGAGAUCACAUCGUUGUCGACGAGUUGGAGCCGCCCCAGCAGCCAUCCUCGUCGGAGGAGCAGGAAUCAUCGCUGCAUGAUCGCCUUUCCGAGCAGGAGGAGGAAGAGUCGGAAGAGCAGUUUGUCGCCGAGGAGACGGAAGAAGAGGACAGCUAUGAAGAGAUCACCGACCGUGCGAGGCAGCUGUGGCGGAAAGUGGCACAUGUCAUGCACAGAGGCAUUCACAAGACGUCUGGCACAUCUCCGCAAGAAACAUGGCGGGGAGAGUGAGAAAACGCUGCGGGCUCAUCAAUGGCGGCGUCUCCUUGGGGCGUUCGGCAUCGACGACGAGGAAGGACGAGACCUGCCGGCAGAGGGACCAAAAGGCGAACUCACUCUCGACGUAAACGGGAGACACAGGGGCCUCCGAUGUAUCUGACGAGCCUUGCGUUUCAUAUGCAUUGGCAGAUCAGGAGAGCGCGGCGUCUCCCAUACGUCCCCCGGGGAAGCAGAGGCGACGAAUCCGAUGUCCCCAGCGCAUUUGUCAAGGUAUGCCCGGUCGCGUCAUCCUUAUGGUCUGUUCAAUCAUUUCUUUUUUUGCUUGAGGUCAGUUGCGGGUGCCCAUCAAUGAGGACACAAUGGAGGAAAAGCACACGUCCUGCCAACCCGACACGCAUGACCCGACGUGGAAUGAACCCAAGCACUUCCAUCUCGAGUGGACGGACGUCAGCUGACAUGAACAGGCUUUUUUGAUGAAAAUCACCUGUCAAUCAAUUGCUCAUGCAGGUGACGCAGACACGUCUGUGAUCGUCGAGGUCGUCCAUCGAGAUCGAGACACAGACCGAGAGACAUUCCUUGGUAAGUGCGUUGCAAGGUGCAUUCAUUCGUUUCGUCCACUGUGUCCUUCCGGCCGUCUGUAGGGGAGGCGCAUCUGCCCUUGCCCCUUCUGUCCGAGUCGCGUCAAUGGCGGCUGAAGGCCAGACUCUUCUCAAACACAGCAAAGGGCUCUGUCGUUGCGGAGGGCGACAUUGGCAUUCAGGUCGAGUGGCGACCUGAAUCCACCGACGCACAGCAGAGGGAUGCGCAGUAUCAGGUGCGCUACACACACCUGGAUCAUCGGCCUCUUCCGACAUAGUGCUUGCUGUUUCAGUGGCUAUGUGAGACGCUGGGCGUCUCCGGUGAUGCGGACAGCUUGGAAGAGCCCCUGCACGGCCCGCUGUCUCUAUCCGUCGAGAGUGCGGGUGGGUUGCCCUCGGAUGAGAGCACUGGGGAGCCUCCGUCAGCUUAUGUGAACAUCACUGUCCCCACCAGCAGAGAGACGCGGGAGCAGUGGACGCUUCCACCUGUCAAGACGACGUGUGAUCCAGAAUGGUGUCUCAGCAAAACAUUUCAGCUGGACUUCCAGCCAGGAUUGGUGAGGAAACCAAUCCUUGUAUGUAUGAUGGCAUGUCUUCUUGUCUGUGCAGGUGCCGGAGAACAUUCUGGUCGAGCUCUUUGCCGUGCAAAGGAGACAUCCUGCCAUACUUCUAGGUUCAGUCACUCCUGAGCUGACCAAGGCACAUCCUCGUGUAUCUCGCCGUGCAUGUUGGAUGGAUGCUCAGGUGAGGUGGAGAUCCCCCUUCCACGCUCCACAAUCAGCAUCCAUCUAGAGACCGCCCUGCUCUCAAAUGCUGCCAAGAGCCACCAUCAUGCCGCAGGCGUGAUCAACAUCUCUGUGCAGUGGGGAGUCGCGGCGCAAGCUGGCGGCCCUUUGCGCCUUUUCACAUUCGGUCGGCUGGCGCACAAGUUCCGGGGUCGAAGGGCGGAGCAGGAUAUGGACGAAGGAGAGGGCUUUGGGCAGUAUGAGUGGCCUGCGACGAAUGAAGAGUACCAGGGACAGCUGGAGACUUUUCUGAAGGAAUGUGAAGCGGUCAUUGGGUGGGUCAGAGAGCAACAAACAGAGGCCGACUGUUGUCUUGACAAGCGUUCCUUGUGCAUGGUAUGGUGCAUCAGUCAGCCGAUGUUUUCAGCCCCUGUCCAUCCUGUCCCUGAGAGGAAUGGCCAUGACGAAAAGGCCAACACGUCGACCAGCUCUAUGCUGCUGCCUUCAUGGCAUCCCGACGUGGCCUUCAGAGGUGUCGCCAUGAGUACGGAUCCAUUCCUUUCUCACUUUGGGGUAGCAAGACGGCUUUGGAAACACAAGUAGCGUCAUGGGCGUCUCUUGAUGUACAUUGUAGGUUCCAGCACGAUGGCCGAGCCCGGGGCGAGCCAUCCUCUGCGCCAACCAGGUCUGGUAGACUGCAAGGCAGGAUCAUUCGUUCUUAUUCUGCCUGGUGUGCUUUGGUGUAUGCUGCAGCACUGCCAGGAGCCGGUGGUGUUGGAUGACUUCAGGGAGGCCACGCACAGGCGGGAGGCGACACUGUGGGAGCUCUGUGCCGGUGAGACAUGACCAACAUGCCUUUACCCUUGUGUCUCCUGUCUGGAUGUCUGGAUGCGCGGCCUUCAGCAUGUCAAGCCAUUCUAUACCUCACAUGUGCCCUCAUGGAUCCGCCCCGCCUUCUCGACAUCACAUCCGUCGAUGACUACUUGUGUGAGCUGCACAUCGACGCCUAUCUCGCGAUCGCAUUCCCAGUAGGCAGGCAGGAAACAAACAGGCGGACAAAUGGUGGCGGCAUGCCACCAUUCUGUCCUCUCUGUGUGACGUGCAGGAUUCGCGUCUCUUGUGGGCGAAUCUGCGUCAGUUGUUGGAGGCGCAGAGGUUCCGGGACGUGCAUGUGCAGGAGGCCAGCAGGAGGUGCCGCGACGCCUCACAGAUGGACGCCGUCCUGCAGCUGCCGAGCAGCAAGCUCUUCUGCAGGCGAGACUGGCGAACACACCGCCCUGACGCGCUCAGGUGACUGCAUGAACUGCACGCGACCGUGUGUCGACCAUGUCUCUACCCGUUGUGUGCCUACAGACGCCUUGCCCGUCUGAAGCUGCACCAGCAUCCCCGGUUGCAGGACCUGCUGCUAUCCACUGGUGGGCGAGAGACCUUUCCAGAGCAGGAGACGCAGACCCACCGUGGUGUUUGUAUCCGCUGCAGCACCGGCCAGGCUCGUGUACAAGGAUGCGCCUCGGAGGGACCAUGGCUAUGCGAGUGCGCUGGGCAGCGUAUGGAUGGAGCUGCGCGACGAGCUUGCAGCCAGUCGACAGGAGGGCAUGACAGCCUGGCGGGCGAGGAGGAGUGCGUGAGUGCUGAGGUCGGAGGGCAGUCGGGCCGCUGUGCCGUAGAUUUGUGUCAUCCGUGCACCGUGUGUAUCUUGAAUGUGGAUAGGAGUUUGGGCAUGCGGGUCGAUUGCUGGUGCCGGAAUGCUACGUGAGUGAUGCUGUCAACUAG